GGGGCGCUGCCGCCGUUUGAAUGAGGCUGUGCCGGUGCCCCGGGGGCGGGCCGGGGGAAGGGCCGGGCCGGGCGGCGGCGAUAGGCUCCGGCCGCCACGGGCUGCGGCCAUGCGGGGCACCGCCGGGCUGCUGGCGCUGGGCGCUGCCGCCGGGCUGCUGGCGGGCGGCGGCGGGCGGUGGCUGGGCCGCCUCCUCCGCCUCCUCCUCCUGCCGCCGCUCCGGGCGGUGCGGGCUCGCCGCGCCCUGCCCGUUGAAGGGAAGGCGGUGCUCGUAACAGGCUGUGACAAAGGUUUUGGACAUGCCUUGGCUAAACAGCUCCAUGCAAAGGGAUUUACUGUUUUCGCUGGAUGUUUGCUAGCGGAUAAGAAUGGAGGUGGAGCCAGGGAGCUGAAGAACAUGAAGUCAGAUCGCAUGAAAGUGCUACAGAUGAAUGUGUGCAGUGACGAGGAGGUGGCUCAGGCUGUGGAUUUUGUGAAGACAACCCUGAAGGACCCAGAAGAAGGUCUGUGGGGCCUGGUGAACAAUGCUGGUGUCUCGACCUUUGGAGAGGUGGAGUUUGCAAGUUUGGACAACUACAAGGAGGUGGCAGAGAUCAACCUGUGGGGUACCGUGAGGGUGACGAAGGCUUUCCUGCCCCUCAUUCGCAGAGCUAAAGGCCGCGUGGUGAAUAUCACAAGCAUGUUAGGACGGAUGGUGAGUCCAUCCCGCUCCUGCUAUUGCAUUUCCAAGUACGGGGUGGCAGCCUUCUCUGACUGCCUCCGGCAGGAGAUGUACCGCUGGGGUGUCAGGGUCAUCCUCAUUGAGCCAAGCAACUUCGUGGCCGCGACCGGCAUCCUGACCGAGGACGGCAUCGCCAGGCAGGCCGAGGUGCUGUGGAGCGGAGCCAGCGACACGGUGCGGGAGGACUACGGGAGGGAGUACUUCGCUCGCCACGUGGCCCUGAUGAAGUCCUUCGUUAACAGCGGCCUGAAGGACAUGUCUCUGGUCUUGAAUGACAUCACCGAUGCGCUCACCUCCACGUGUCCAAACAACCGCUACAAUCCCAUGGAGACCUACUGCUAACUGUGACUCGGAAGCUGUGCCAUAAACUUUUUAUAUGCCAGUGUCUGUGACUGCUUGGAGCCUGGGUGCAGCUGUGAAGGCUGCGAUGCCUGAGGAGGAAAGCAGGCUUCCCUUGGAGAUGCUGUGGAGGUAGUUUGUAUUACAAGUAACUACAGAAAGUGCCAGCCAUGCAGUUCUUGAUUCCAGAUCAUCAGCACAUGGAGAUUGUCUGGUUUCCAGGGCCGAGAGCAAUCCCACUGAGCUGCAGCUUGUUCAAACAGUGUUGAAAUCACUUCUACCCCCUGCACUGUGAAAUGCGAGUAAUGAUAAGGAGCAAUGAUUUGCACAGAGAGAAAAAUAAACAGUGAGAUUUGUU